AAAAGAUCAAAUCGUUGACCGCCAUUUUUUUUCUCUUUUUUUCUACAUACGACCGCUGUGUCUGGUCUCAGCGUUCCAGUUUCUUUUCUCCUUUUCCUUCAUUAUCUUAAGCCCCUAUGAAGUUUGGUCGUCAAAUAGAAGAAGCUAUUUAUCCGGAAUGGCAGUUGUACUACAUUUCGUACAGCUCGCUCAAGGCUGAUCUCCGCAUUGCCUCUAACAAUGGCGUUUUCACGGAAAAGAAUGAGACAGACUUCGUCGAAAAGUUGGACAAGGAUCUUGAAAAGGUCAAUGCGUUCCACCAGGUUCAGCUAACCAAUAUCCAAAGCCGUAUCGAAACAUGCUCUCAAGCAAUUGAAAGUCUGAUCCCUAGCGAGAAUUCGGAGGCGGAAAUGACUGAGCUUCAAGAAGAAAUCAAUCAGAUUGCCGACGACAUCAACCGAUUGGCUCGAUUUUCAAAGAUCAAUUAUACUGCCAUUAUCAAGCUUGUCAAGAAGCACGAUCGUCAUACGCCUUAUGUUUUGCGCCCUCUAUUUAUGGUUCGCAUCAAGCAAUGCAAUUUUUGGCGCCAAAAUUACGAUUCCCUUCUUUUGCACUUGUCUCAAUUGUUUAACAAGAUCCGUAAUGGAACUGUCACCAUGUCCUUCCAACCUGUUAGCUAUAUUGCCAACGCAAUGAUUCCUGGAGGCCAGGACGAAGGAAAAUCCACUGUUGUGUUGCGUUACUUUGUUCAUUUUGAUGAUAUCCUGGAGCUAAAGACACAAAUCUUGCGCCAUCUCCCCGUAUUGGUGUACAACAACUCUACUACCAAGGGCGAGGACAUUGACCCCCCUAUUUCUUCGCUUUACUUUGAUAACAGCGAAUUGGACACUUACUCUGGUAGAGUUGAGAACGCCCCAGGCUCUCAAAUGUUGCGUUUGAGAUGGUACGGAUCCGCCGAAGAAAACCCUGAAAUCAUCUUCGAAAGGCGUACUCUGCAAAGUGAUGCUGUAUCGGAAAAGAGUGAGAAGUUUGUCAUCAAGGACAAGUACAUUGACGGAUUCAUCAAAGGAGAUGAGACAUUUAUUGUCAAGACGGCCAAGAAGAUUCGCUCAAACCCAGGCAAGACUGAAGAGGAUGCUGUAGCUUUUGAAAAGUUGGCGCACGAGUUUCAAGCCGACAUACUUGAUCGCAAGUUGGCCCCUGUCCUAAGAAGUAAUUAUAGAAGAACUGCUUUCCAAGUGCCCGGUGACCGAUCUGUCCGUGUGUCUUUGGACACAGAUAUCUGCUUCAUUCGUGAAGACUCUCAGCUGUUCAGCAAUGAUCAAAAGGUUCGCAGAGGUGAAGGACAGUGGCAUCGUCCCGAUGUUGAUGUCAACUAUCCCUUCAACAACGUUACCGACAACCAAGAGAUCAAUCACUUCCCAUAUGCUCAGCUGGAAAUCAAGGUGGAACUGCCCUCUCCAGAUGCUAAGUUACCCAGCUGGGUGCAGCACAUCUCCGAAAGCGAUCUUGUUGAAGAGGCACACAAUUUCACAAAGUUUGUGCACGGUAUUUCUGUUAUUUUCGAUCAACGUGUUGCUCUCCUUCCCUUCUGGUUGGCUUAUGUUGACACCGAUGUCAACAAUCUCCCUAUGCUUAUGUCGCAAGGAGCUAUUCCCAAGAGCGAUAAAGGCAAACAAAAGGAUAUGAGUCGCAACGCCGACCAAGGAUACUUGAGCGUUGGAGGCUCACCCGUUCAUGAGCGCAGUUCCCUGUUGCCCGAUGGGUCGGACGCUUCGUCCAACACUGCUUACUCUGGCGAGGAGUUAGAAACAACCUUGACCCCCCUUAAUGCCAUGACCAAAGCUUUCUUUGAUAAGAUUAGCCACUUCUUCAGUGAGAUCGAUGGUAGCAUCAAAGGACCUGCCAGAAUCGUUAGAGAGCCUGUUAUUCUCCCCCCAGGUGUUAAGGUACCCGCCAAAGUCAUUACUCCUCUGCGAGUAGAACCCAAGGUGUACUUUGCCAACGAGCGUACUUAUUUCUCUUGGAUGUCAUUUGCCACCCUUCUCGCCACUUUCUCCAUUGCUCUUUUCAAUGCUGGAGACACUAUUGGUCGUAUCAGUGGUGUUGUCUACACCCUUGUUUCCUUGUCUACCUUCCUGUACGGUAUGGGCUUAUACUACAGACGUCGCGAGCUUAUCAAUGCCCGUGUCGCUGGUCCUUUCGAUGAUAUGUCUGGUCCUACCGCUAUUUGCGUCGCUCUUCUUUUCGCUGUAGGUUUGAACACCUACCUCAAGUUAACCGGUACUGUCCCUGUUUUCUUUUUCGUUUAAAGCCAUUGGUCUUCCAGACGCUCUUCAUCUGUUAAGCUCUGAGUUUCGUCAUCUUUCCAACUCAUAUUGUCAACAAUCCAUUUUUCUUUUUAACCUGCAUUUUUUCCUCUUUACAUCACUUUCUGUAGCACGAUUUCACUCAUUCACGUGAACGGCUUUGCCUUCGAAAUAUAGACACUCAUUGUCCUAUAAUAAACCAUCAUUAUAAUCAGUUACCAGACG